AUGUCAAAACUGCUGAUUUACGGAGCCUCGGGCUACACAGGCCGCAUCGCCAGUCAUCACGCCAAGAGUCUUGGCCUGGACUUCAUCGUCGCCGGACGUACCAAAAGUACCAAGGCCAAGGAUCUGGCCUUUGAAUUGUGUGCGAAUUAUCGUCUGUUUGAUCUCAAAGCGCCUGAGGAUAUUGACAUCGCACUCGAGGGGAUUUCAGUGCUACUGAAUUGCGCCGGUCCCUUCAUGCUCACUGCUGAACCACUGAUGGCAGCAUGCAUUCGUAAAGGAGUUCACUAUCUCGACAUUGCUGCUGAGCUCGACAGCUACCAGCUUGCUGAGAAGAAAGACCGCGAAGCGCGAUCCGCCAAUGUCAUGCUGUUGCCAGGCUGUGGUGGCAGCGUAGUCAUGCUGGGAUGUCUCGCUGGCAAGGCUGUCGAGCAAGUCGAAUGCCCAGCGAGCAUUGACAUAUCCCUCUGCAUUUCUGGUUCCAUAUCGCGUGGAUCGGCCAUCAGUGCGAUGGAGAAUAUGAGUGCGGAUGUCUUUCAGCGUGUCGACGGAGCAUUGGUCCAUGCAGAAAUUGUCAGUACCAUUGAGCUUGAUUUUCACGACGGCAAAGGCACGGUAGCCAAUUUCCAGACGACGCUACCGGAUGUCAUCACCAUUUGGAAAUCGACCGGUGUGCGCAAUAUCCGGACCUUCGUCCACACUACAAGCGAUGCUUUUUCUACUGGAGACCUUCCUUCCUUGGCGGAUGGUCCAACGAAGGAGGAGAGAGAGGCUGCACCCUAUCAUGCUGCUGUCAAGGUUACCGCACGAGAUGGAACUGUUACUCAUGCUGUGCUACAUACAGUGAAUGGGUAUACAUUUACAGGACUAGCUUCCGUAGAAGCCGCGCGCAAGAUUUUGGCUGGAAUCGCUGUACCGGGAUUCCAGACACCUGCUGUCAUCUUUGGGAACGACUUUGUACUGGCCAUUCCAGAAUCUAAAGUGAGAAUGUUGUGA